UAAAAUGCAACGGAAUAAAGGUGAAUUUGUGCUUCUGUUAUUACUGCUGAGUGCGCAGAUUGUUGUUGGUGUGUGGCUAAAGCGUUAUAUGGAGGAAUUUCAUCGGCCUUCCUAUUACAAUCGAGCGCACAAACAAAACAUGCACGUUGAUUAUAAUCGGGAUAUUUUAGCUGAACGGGAUCGUAAAGAACCAGUAGCACGCAGUGCCGCACUGCCAACAUUUGAUCCCAACGUGCAUAAAAGCUAUUAUGUGCACGUACUGCACAAGGGUUCGGUUUUUUGUAGCGGCGCUCUAAUCUCACACCGCAUGGUCAUCACCUCGUCCCGCUGUUUCCUGAGCAAUGAGAUUGAGCCGACUCGCGAAUACAAGGCCAAGCAGAUGUCUGUGUUGCCUGGGCAUAGAUUCGGUAAACCCAAGCGGAAGGUCUUGAAUGUCCAGGCCUUUUAUUUGCCCACCAGCAAACAUGAGAGCGGAAAUAUCCACGAUAUUGCGCUUCUGGGAUUGAAGAAGAAGAUGAAUCGGAAGGUUCGCUAUAUAAAGCUCUUUGAACAAAUGCCAAAACCGGGCGGUACUGUGAAUAUGUCCUUUUUGGAUUCUCAGACUCAAGCUAUUACCCUGUUUAAAACCAAGGUGGUAGAUUUCGGGGAAUGUAAGGCCUCCUUUGAGCAGAGCGGCAAAAUUGCUAUUCCCUUUGACAAAGAGUUCUUCUGUGUGAGGAACAGGAAGAAUGGAGGCUGUAGCACACGCGCCGGCGAUCCGCUGAUCAUUGACAACAAGUUGGCCGGCAUCAAUAUUUAUGGCGAGCAUUGCGAUGAGUUGGAGGGCAAUCAAAUGGUCGAUGUUUACUAUGCCAUACCGCAUACCAUACCAUUUAUACAGAAAGCAACGGACUUACUUAGAGCUUUAACAGGCACAGGGUCCUUCAAUGAAUCGGCAACAACGAAAAGGACACAGCUAAAGCCAAAGAGAACCACAGUUAAAGUAAAUGUAUCUACUCAUCGUCCAGGGUAACAGAAUUAUUCACGAAAUGAGAAAUACAUUGAUGGAGACAUUUUCGUGCCCAUGUAGUGUAUAUAUUCCCGAUGAGUCAAACAGUCGAGUCCAUAAAGCCAUAUCCACUUUAAGAACUCUGUGUAUGAAACUUUUUAUUUUUUGUUUCAUGAAUAUAUAAUCUAGCAUUUAAAUACUUUACGAUACAUCUUAAUAAAUGGGCAAAAUAUUAUCAA